UUUUUUUAAAUGUAUUCAAAAUGUAAAUAAGAAAAGGAGUUGAGAUUAUAAUGAUAUUAUACAUAAUGUUGUUUAUAAUCUAAUAUUUAGAGAUUGCAGCAUUUAGUAAUUAUAUGUGAUUUGUCCACGGAACAUUCUAAAAACAAGGAUUAAAAUUAAUAAAAUUUCAGUCGACUCUCGCGAUCAUUGAUUGAACACAAGUGAAAGCAUUCUCGUAGCUCGAAGAUUCAAGAAAGCGUCUAAUGUCGAUUAACGCAGAAGGCAACCCCUGACAUCUCAAUUAAUAUAAACGAUUACGAGGAUGGAAUAUUUGCGAUAGCUUAUUCUCUGUGACACAUUGACAGCAUCCUCGUAUCGCUCGACCAAACAUGAAAUUCAAUGACAAGGAGCUCGCAGAAGUGAGUUUUGGGCCCCCCGAUUUCGAGGGACGUCUAAAUCACAAACGUGCUCACAAGUCAGUGUUUAAAGAAAAAUGGUUCAAGCUGCGGUACAAUCUACUAUUUUACUUCAAUCUUAAUGAUUUAGGACAAAUUGAUGGGAGGCAACCUGCUGGUGUCAUUAUUCUAGAAAAUUGCAGCAUUAACAUAGACACUUCCACUGAAGGAGUAUUUGCAUUUAGUAUUUCGUUUCGUGAUGAACAUGAAAAACGACAUGUAUUGAGUGGUCGAUCAGAGUCUCAAGUGGAACAAUGGAUUAAGGCACUUAAGCAAGCAAGCUAUGAAUAUUGGAGAUCUCGCUUGAUUAUGCUUCAAGAAAGAUUGUGCAAAAAAACUGGUAAAGAUCCAUUGCUUAUGUAUCCUAGAAAUCAAGGUGUUGUGCGAGACGAAGCUUGGGAACCUGCUUCUAGCUUCAGAUCUCAUGUACGUUCAUUCACAACAUCAGUUGCAUCAUCAUCUACAUUGAAUACAAUAGCACGAGAUGUUAAUCUCAUAGAACUUUAAUACAGGGAAAUAAUUGUAAUUAAAUUUGUUGAAAUAAUUUAAUUGAUAGCUUUU